AAUAUUCGAUCUGUAUAGUGUUGGAUACGUUUGGCGAGUCUUCUGCAUUUUUCCACAUUAUUUGUUUCUGGAUACAAAUAUGGACCCGAGUUCGAUCCCAAUUUGAUUUUUCGGCAAAUUUUAACAGCGGGAUUCUACAUGAUAGGGGUUAAAUUCUAUUCUAGGUGUUCGUGGAUUUCAGGUUUAGACUACGCAUAAUCAAUUCUUUCUCUUUUUUUCUUUCAGUUUUGCAGAGUUUGCAACUGUAACUAAGCUAUAUAUCCAACAGACAGCUUUCUUUAUAGUGGAAGACCGAAGCCAGAUAUGAGUAAUAUAAACGCCUAUUAUUCUCAAGGAGCAGCGAAUUAUGACGACCUCGCCAAACAUCGGGACUUCUUUGAUCAGCCCUUUGGUGAGGAUUUAAAGAGAAUGACCAACCCUUCUCCCGGUCUCGAUAUAGUCGACAUGGCUUGCGGGACCGGAUACCUGUCUAAGGUGUUAGACAAACAAGGUAUCAAAACUACUAUUCUAGUGGAGCCAUGUAAAGAAUUGUUAACAUUGAGCGAGUCUGCCUUUCCGUCGGCCAAGGCCUACUGCAUGGAUGCGCUUGAGUUCUCGAAGCAACCGAUCAAGUAUGACCGUAUUGUGAUCAACGGAUCUUUCCACCUUUUCCCACUGGGCACGCUUGAGGAGACAGUCCUCAACUUCCGGUCGCAGUUGCGUAGUGGUGGGAUGGUCAUCAUCAUAUCACAAAUUAUCAGUCCUAUGUUUAAAGCUGCACGAGGAAUCGUUCACGACACCAGCUACGCGGGUAUCAAAGCUCUUAAAGCCGCUGGCUUUGAAGUCGCGUCCGAACCGAUGGUAACCAGGUACCAGUUCGAAAUACCACGAGAAGACUACGAAAAAUUGCAUAGAUCACGUUUCCUCUCCGAAGAAAGCGAACUUACAGAUGACGAGAUUGAACAUGGAAUAAAUGAGAUGAAUUUGUCCGACCCAGUUGUGUGCGAGUACAAGCAUAUAUGGGUCAUUGCUUCAAAACAGUAAUUAGUGCUCAAGGGCUGAAUAGGGAAGAAUUCGACAAACACACUUUUAGAAAUCGAGAAUAUUACUUUGACAACAUUUCCUUCACCAUUCGCAUCAAUCCUGACAGCGCCGCUAAUUCUUUGCUCGGCACUAAUCUACCGAGUGAUAAAAACGUUUUGUUUUUGAGUAAGGUUAAUAGAAUAUUUUCGUGAUUGGCUCAAAACCCCCAAAUAAUUGAUUUGCAUCGUUUAGAUACCAUACCAUACUUUUUAUAUUUAUAUCAAUGGAAGACCAAAGGCUGAAACUUCUUUUACACACUAUCUGGUUGUCAGUAGGGUGAAGCGAAAAGGCGAGAGGACAAAGCUAAGGCUAAAUUAGGUCCAUUAUCAACAAAGCCCUUCCUAAAUCUGUACUAUUGGUGAAGGAUACGCUGAUACGGAUAUAAGCAGACCACAUUAAAGGCCAUCCCUGGCUCAAAGCAAGCCUUGGGCGAUCCUUAGAGACUUGAGACGAAAUCUUGGGAGACUGAUCCUCCUGCUGAGGUAAUUUAGUCGAGUGUGGUUUUGAUGUCGCUUCAAAGUUACCCGAUGGAGUCUUAAGUCAUUUCUUCUUUGAGGUUUUCUAACUAUUCAUCAAUUUACUUGUAUGUAGCCAAACAAAGCGAAUGUUAAAGAUAAUAAAUGAUAAUAAAUAGGAAAA